UAGAAAUGGUUGUUUUGCAUUUAUAAUUUGUCCUCUCGGACAUCAUCGUCGCAUGUCCGUUUUAAUUUACAUAAAAAUAUCCGGACGGGAAGCGCCACAGCGGGAGUAAGCCAGCCAGGAGGCCGAGAGCUCGGCGGCGCGCUGCGCGUGCACGCGGACAUCAGUUUGUCGCCUUCGCGAAGCCUCCUGCUCGUGACGUUGUGAAGGGAGAGAUGCUGCUGUUUGAGCGUCUGUUUUUUGUUUAGGCCAUGGCCAAAGCAAUGUGGGGCUGAGUGCAGCAGCAGACGACGCCCUAUCCCCUUCAUUCGCUUCUCCGGACUCGUCAUUGUCAUCCCUGUCCCCGCGACUGGCCAUGUUCCUGCCGCUUCUGCUGCUGCUACGCGUCGGAGGCUCCCUGGGUAACCCGGCCGAAGACGGGGCGCCCCGCAGCGGCCACGGAGAUCCAGGAGAGCCAACCUUCGAGGAGCCACAUCAAGAUUCUUACAGCACCUUCGCCGCCGAGCUCUUCGAAUCCCGAUACCUAAGCCAAGAAGGUUAUCCAUUCCCUACUGCACCUCCUGUGGAUCCUUUUGCACGGAUUAAAGUAAGCGACUGUGGAAUAACAAAAGGAUGUUUCAGAUAUGGGAAACCAGGCUGUGAUGCUGAGACUUGCGAUUAUUUUCUAAGUUACCGCAGAAUCGGUGCGGAUGUUGAGUUUGAGCUCAGUGCUGACACAGAUGGCUGGGUGGCAGUAGGGUUUUCUUCUGACAAAAAGAUGGGAGGCGAUGAUGUAAUGGGCUGUGUGCAUGAUGACAAUGGUAGGGUUCGGAUACACCACUUCUAUAAUGUUGGACAGUGGGCUAAGGAAAUUAAAAGAAACCCAGCCAGAGAUGAGGAGGGAAUAUUUGAAAACAACAGAGUCACCUGUAGAUUCAAGCGGCCAGUUUAUGUUCCUAGAGAGGAAACCAUUGUGGAUCUUCACCUGAGCUGGUACUAUUUGUUUGCUUGGGGGCCAGCUAUACAAGGAUCAAUCACCAGGCAUGACAUUGACUCCCCUCCAGUGUCCGAUUACAUGGUUAGCAUAUACAGCUAUCAGGACAUCUUCAUGCCUUCAGCAGCAUAUCAGACAUUUUCAUCUCCAUUCUGUUUGCUGCUUAUUGUUGCGCUGACCUUCUAUAUACUUAUGGGAACACCUUAACUAGGAGUGGGACGGCAGCUUAUUGAAGUUUUCAAUCUUGGAAAUAAGAGAACAAGGAAUGACUGGAAACUAGCCAAUAAAUUCAGAAUUGUGCCAAUCCUAAAAGGAUGUGCAGAUGAUUGUAUCACUGCCACCUCCAUAUAAAUGUGCAUCUCUAAUGGCAGAAGGGAUGGCUUCCACUUAAAUCUGAGGCAGGUGACUACGUUUACAUUCCUUCUUCAACCUCGAUUCUUUGCCUUGCUGUGUGGUAAUGCUAAAGUGGCGAAUCAGCUGUAGUGAUACUGCAUACAUGUAAAACUGGACUGCAUAUACUAGUUAAGAGUAAUCAAUUUACCUACUUUUAGCCCGAUGAGCCAAGAGUAAAGCAGUAUUAUAGUCACUGCUGUCUGCAAAGUGACAUCUAAAAAUGCCUUUAUAUAAAAAAAAAAUGUGUAUAUAAAACACUGAAGUCAUUAUAAAAGUUUUGAUUUUUUUUGAUGUACAGAGAAUGUAGUACUUGCAAUAAGGGUAUAAUUUUGAGUGAGACAUUCCCCAUUUCAUAUUGCUUUAUUCUGUAAAAUGAGGGAUUGUGUUCUACUGUUUUUUUACCAGUUCUAACAGCGUUGCUUAUAGUGUCUAUAAAAGUAUUCGUCCCCUUGGAAGUUUUCACAUUAUUAUACAACAUUGAAUCACACUUGGUUUAAAUUUGCCUCUUUUGACACCUAUCAACAGAAAAAAAAUUCUUUAAUGUCAAAAGUCGAAAAACAGUUCUCCGAAGUGGUCUAAAUUAAUUAGAAACAUAAAACACAAUAUUUGAUCACAUAAGUAUUCAACCUUUUCAAGUCAGUAUUUGGCAGCCCUGACAGCUUUGAGUCAGUGUGGACAGAUGUCUAUUAGUUUGCACAUCUGGAGAUAGAUAGAUACUUUAUUAUUGCAGUCUAUUUCCAUUCCCCUUUGAAAAACUACUCAACCUCUGUCUGGUCACAUGGGCAUCAUGUCCAGCCACAAAUUCUCAAACAGACAGAUCUCGGACUUGGCUGCUCCAGGACGUUAACGUUGUUGUUUUUAAACCAUCCCUAUGUAGCUGGUCUUAUCAUUCCAUUGAACAUUCUUCUAGCCGACUUCAAAGUUUCCCCAUGUGCCUUCGGCCAAACUCCAGCAGAGAUGUCAUGUGCAUUUUUUUUUUGAAACAAUGGCUUGGUCUUUGCCACUCUGCCAAUAAAGCUGUGACUGGUGAAACACCCAAGCAGCAGUAGUUGUCUGUCCGGUCUUUCCUUUCUCAUGCACUGUAGCUUGUAACUUCAAAGUUCUCAUAGGUCCCUUGGUGGCCUCCCUCACUAGUCUUCUUGCUCAUCUCUCAGUUUUUGAGGAAGGCCUGCUGUAGGCAAAUUUACAACUGUGCCAUGCUCUUUCAGUUUCUUCAUGAUUGAAGACUUCAAGGAAAAUACAGUGACUUCGAUAUCUGGGAAUGGAGGCAAUCAAUUUUUCAUGGAGCUGCUUAGUGUUCUUUUGCUCUCAUUGUGUGGGUUAGGCCACAAUUCACAAUUCUGAUUCACCACAAGCUGGACCUUCCAGGUAAGGUGCAUUUCUACUACAAUCAGUUCAAACAGAGACAAGGGUUAUGGGACUUCUCUUGUGUGACUUUUAAAAAACAAUUGGCUGCUCCAGUGACAAGUUGUGUGUCACUUUAAAAUAUGUAUGUAAAUAAUUAUUUAGUGUUUUAUAUUUGUACUUAAUUUAGAUUUCUUUUUGAGGGGUCUGUGUUCAUUAUUACAAGUCUUUUUUUCUCUUGAACACUGUCAAAAAGGCAAAGUUAAAAAAAUGUGAAAACUUCCAAGGGGUGAAUAUUUUCUGUAGGCCUUGUAUAUUCUAUAUUUGUUAUGUAAUAGUACUACUUUUAUACAUCAUCAUUUCAGACUGGUUUCAAAUGUCUAAUGUGUUGGUUUCUGCCUUUUCAACAGAUGCUGUAUGAAUAUCCCAUGUCAGAAAAUACAGUAGUGGAGUUUCACUUAAUUUCAAUUGAGCCGCGCAGUAGGCUCUUGGUAUCUAAAUUUUUCCUGUACAUUUUAUAUUCAAACCCAGUAAGAAGGCUCUAAAUAACAAAGCCAAGCUAUAUGGUUUCAUUUCCCCAAACCUUUUUUUGGUUUUAGGCACAAUGUUAAGAUACAGUACAUCAUGUUAUUAAAUCAAAUUAAAUAUCAUCUGGUAUAAAUCAUGUAGUAUACAGUAUUAAUGCAAUUCAAAAAGGUCAUUUAAUUCCAUUCUCCAUUUAAAUAUGGACAAGGGGGAACUAUUGUAUGAAGUCUAUAGUUGCUAGAUGAUAAACAUUUGAUGAUACAUCAAUAAUGCAGAAUAUUUUCUCAUUCAGCAGGAGUGCUAGUCCAUCUUAUUUAUUUCAUGGUUUGAUAACUGGUUAAUGGAUCAUGUUCUCUGUGAAUAGAUUUUUCAGUACUGUUCAUGCUCUACUUAAAUAAAAACGAUUAAGAACAUUCACAAUAUGCAGAAAUGCUUUAGCAAUCUAAGGCCCUUUUUAAACUAGAAUCAAUACAAAAUUAGUAAUAUAGAAUACCUCUUUAAAUUUUAUUAUAGAUGAGAUACCAUUGCUUAUUAUAUAGUAGAAUGUAGAAUCUUUCCACGAGAUCUGUACCUACAAUUUGUCACAUUAGGAUUAUAAUGUUUUUUUACUGUGAGAAAAUUAUAUUACUGUGAAAUAUACUUUUUCCCGUAACAGGAAUAAAUAAAAUAAAAAGACUGACCUAUAAGGACCAAGAUGACAAAAUUAUAACCUGGUUAGCACUGUUAAAUCACACAACUGCAGAGUCCUCAAGUCCUGGCUCUUUCUAGUCUCUGUCGGUAUGUAGUUGGCACCUUCUCACGUGUCUAUUUUUUCUGAUGGUACUGAAAGUUCCUCCAAUUACGUUGAUGUGACCAGAGUUUGAUAUCCAGCCAGGUCGCAAUAUUACUACUUUAACAAGCAACUAGUUGAAAUGAGGGUAAGCACAGGUCCCAUUUCGUGUGUGGUAUUCCAAAACCUAACUGUGAAAUUUAGUAUCUCAAUUGGUUCUUACUGGAACCAAUGCUGAGGCCAUGUUGACUUUUUGAUGUAACUGAUAUAUAUAUUUUUUUUUUAUUUGAGUCAUUUUUAAACAUUGUAUUGCUUUAAUUUAAUAAGCAGAUUAUUCCCACAGUUUAAGGAAAGCACUUAUUGAAAGUGUUCGACACAACUUAAAGAAGUCUGAUUGGUAACAAAGCGCAGUGUUUACACAAAUAUCAAAGUACUUGGUAGAAAGAGUGUCCUGCAAGGAUGCAACAAGAAAUAAAUCAUCAAAAAUUAAGAAUGUGUUAAUGUAGUUCCUGUUUUCUGUACGAGUAAGUACACAAGUAUUCACCCUUUACAUGUAAUGUACUGGCACCUGUGCAAUGCGGUUUAAUUUAACGUAAAUAGCACCUUUUUCAGAGUUCUUAUCUAUAAUGUAAAAAUGCUUGGAACUUGACGGUAAGCAUGAUCCAGUUUCCAGGUGGAAGAGUGGUUUGUGAAGUUCACACGUCCGGCACCAUUUAUAGAUUUUAUUGAUGUUUAAGCAUUACAUUACAACGAAUAAAUUGAAAUAAUUCAGUCAUGCAUUUAAUCACAUCAGCUCAGAUAUCACAGGCACACCUAGAGAGCAGAGAAAGAAAGUGUCUGCCUCAAUCUCCGCUGGGUAAUCUAGUUUCCUCCCAAAUCACAACUACUGGGAUGCCAGCUUAACUGGCAGUCUUAAAAUGCCAUUCUGUAUUUCAACGUGGGGUGGUGUGCGAGUUUGCCUAGGAGUUCAUUGGCAUCACCAAUUAGCACAAAUGAUGCUGCUCGGAUAAGUUUAGAAUCGCAUGGUUGGAAAAGGUCACUUCAGUGUUCACGUUCCUUGCUAUUCAAUAAUGUGAAUAAUCCUGUUUUUGUCUCACAAAUGAUAUUAAGGUUUAUCUCUGAAAUCCAUGAAUAUGUUUGGUUACAACAUUUGGGGGGGUGGGGGGGAUAGAGACCAACCUUCCACCCUGGUGCAUAUAUUUUGGACCAGUCAUACUCGGUCUUUACUUUGUAAUAUGUUCCCAUUUGACCUUGGUCCUCUUUAUUUGUUAAAGUCAUUUCUCUUGGACUUAAAUUGUUUUAAUAUGUACCCAAAAGAUAUACAUAUUCUUUAUAUAGCAAAGUAAAGUAAAUUAUUGUAAUUCCGCUUAUUAUUGCAUUUAAUUCAUAUAUUUUUUUUUACAGUGCAUGAAACGCCCUGUAAUACCACACAGUGAAGACUUAGCUCUGUGGAUGUCUUCAAUGUACAAUACUCACUGAAUUUGGACGAUUAAUGUUUUUUUCUACUACUUAAAAUAACUGAAGGUGUUUUUUCUGCAUUGUAACUAGUUGUCUAUCAACAAAGUGCAAUAAUGUGUACAGUUGUAUGUUUUGGCCUAUUUCAAUUUAUUAAUAGAAAGAGAGAUUUUUAUUUUGUACAUUUGACAUCUGUGAAUAUAUUUUAAAUGAUUGCAAACUUACAGUAUUACUGUUCACUUUUGAGACAUGUUUUUAUGUUAUAUUAAAUUGAAGUAGUUUAAAAUAUGCUAGUUAGUAAGCAAAAGAUUUGUUACACUGCCCAGGCUGUCACAGUGACCCGUAGUGAAUGCGAUUCCUUGCUUUCUGUGUGCGUUUUUGGUGGUGAUAAUAAGUGACCGUACAAGUGGAAGGCCACAUUUUUCUUUACUUGUUUCCUUCUUUGUUUUAGUCCUUGAACACUGGGGGUCAAUAGAGCCAGAAUCAUUUCUAUUUGGAGGUCAACUCCAUUUAUCAUUCAGUUAAACAAUUAGGCACAUAAUAAGGUUAUUUAUUAUGAUGCGCAUGUUUGUUCAAACAUACAUGUUGAUGUGUCCUCAACACUUUAGCAUCAUAUUAAAUAUCAAUACAUUUAGAAGUAGUUUGGCUUUAAGUAUGUAUUGAUUUUCUCUUUUUAUUUCAGGCCUUUUGUUAUCAUUUAUCCUUAUUAAAUAAAUACUUUAAUAAUCUUCUGUCAGCAUUACUAAAAGAAUUUUUGAAAUCAUCCGCAGUUCUACAAUCUUCUACAAAAGAAAUGUUUAUUAGAUUUCACAUUGCAAUAGAUUGCUGUACUUUUUAGCCGUAAUUAAAUGUCAAAUUCAGUCA